CGCAGUGGCGUUGGCGUGAGCGGCCCCUUCCCGCAUGGCGGCUCUGCCCGGGGCAGGUGGUGCCUCCUGGGACGGGCCGUGAGGGGCGGCGGGGACCUCGAGGUUCCCCCCCCCGCCCGAGGCGCAGAGGGGCGGGGAGUGGGUCAGCGCCGCGGGGGAGCCCCGCAGGUCGGGCCUGACAGCGGGGCCGGGGACACAGGGGAGCCCGCCUGGCACUGCCCAGUGCCUGCCUGAGGCGGGAGGGUUGGGGCAGGGGCGGCCGGGGCCAGCCAUGGCCUUUACCAGUUACAGCAGCCUGAACCGUGCCCAGCUGACCUUCGAGUACCUGCAUACCAACUCAACCACUCAUGAGUUCUUGUUUGGUGCCCUUGCUGAGCUUGUAGAUAAUGCCAGAGAUGCUGAUGCCACGAGAAUAGAUAUUUACACAGAACGGCGAGAGGACCUGCGAGGACAAUUCAUGCUAUGUUUUUUGGAUGAUGGAGCAGGAAUGGAUUCAAGUGAUGCUGCAAGUGUGAUUCAGUUCGGUAAAUCGGCCAAACGAUCACCAGAGUCGACUCAAAUUGGGCAGUAUGGGAACGGCUUGAAAUCGGGUUCCAUGCGGAUUGGGAAGGAUUUUAUCCUGUUCACUAAGAAAGACACCACCAUGACCUGCCUCUUUCUGUCACGCACAUUUCACGAGGAAGAAGGCAUCGAUGAGGUGAUUGUCCCAUUGCCUACCUGGAACACACGUACCCAGGAGCCCAUGACAGACAAUAUGGAAAAAUUUGCGAUUGAGACUGAGCUCAUUUACAAGUAUUCCCCCUUCAAGUCAGAGCAACAGGUGAUGGAGCAGUUUAAGAAAAUCCCUGGGGAGAAGGGGACUUUAGUGAUUAUCUUUAAUCUCAAACUGAUGGAUAAUGGGGAACCAGAGCUGGAUGUGACCUCCGACCCCCGAGAUAUCCAGAUGGCAGAAACCCCUCCUGAAGGAACGAAGCCAGAGCGUCGCUCCUUCCGUGCCUAUGCUGCUGUCCUUUAUAUUGAUCCCAGAAUGAGGAUCUUCAUCCACGGACACAAAGUGCAGACAAAGCGACUUUCCUGCUGCCUCUACAAGCCCAGGAUGUAUAAAUACACUUCAAACCGCUUCAAGACCCGUGCGGAGCAGGAGGUGAAGAAAGCGGAGCACAUGGCUCGGAUAGCGGAGGAGAAGGCUCGAGAGGCAGAGAGUAAAGCCCGUGCACUUGAACUUCGCCUGGGCGGGGAUCUCACACGAGACUCCAGGGUGACUCUACGGCAAGUCCAGAACACAGCCAUAACCAUGCGUAGAGAGGCUGAUGUCAAGCGGCGGAUCAAGGAGGCAAAGCAGCGGGCACUGAAGGAGCCUAAAGAGUUGAACUUCAUCUUCGGGGUGAAUAUUGAACAACGAGAUUUGGAUGGCAUGUUCAUCUAUAACUGCAGUCGGCUGAUUAAGAUGUAUGAGAAGGUUGGCCCACAGUUGGAGGGUGGCAUGGCAUGUGGUGGAGUGGUAGGAGUGGUGGACAUACCCUACUUGGUUCUGGAGCCUACCCACAAUAAACAGGACUUCGCAGAUGCUAAAGAGUAUCGACACUUGCUGAGGGCAAUGGGGGAGCACUUGGCUCAGUACUGGAAGGAUGUUGCUAUUGCCCAGAGAGGUAUAAUCAAGUUUUGGGAUGAAUUUGGCUAUUUAUCAGCAAACUGGAACCAGCCUCCCUCCAGUGACCUGCGCUACAAACGCCGCCGAGCCAUGGAGAUCCCCACCACAAUUCAGUGCGAUAUGUGUUUGAAAUGGCGGACCCUCCCAUUCCAGCUGAGCUCCGUGGAGAAGGAAUACCCGGAUACUUGGGUGUGCUCCAUGAACCCUGACCCUGAGCAGGAUAGGUGUGAAGCUUCAGAACAGAAGCAAAAGGUACCCCUGGGAACACUGAAAAAGGACUUCAGAUCACAAGAGGAGAAGCAGAAGCAGCUGACGGAGAAAAUUCGCCAGCAGCAGGAGAAACUGGAGGCUCUGCAGAAAACAACUCCAAUCCGGUCCCAAGCUGACCUAAAGAAAUUGCCUCUGGAAGUGACCACCCGGCCUAUUGUGGAGGACUCCCAAUCACUGAGCAGACCUCAACGCCCACGAUCUCCUCCUUUACCCGAUGUCAUUAAAAAUGCUCCUAGCAGGCCGCCGCCGCCUCCCCCCAAGUCCAUCAGCCAACUGCGAAUGGCCCCCCUGGCUCGGCCAGCCAUCAACACUCCUAAACUGGCAAGUGUGCUAUCCCGGGAGGAAGCUAGUACUUCCAGGACACAGCAGCAUAUUGUGACUGCGGGAAAGUCAAACAGCACAGUUGUCAGGACUCCUGCCAAACCCAUCCAUGUGGGGAGGCCACCCCCCAUGCUUCUGCAGAACUCCAUGAGCCAGCGCGAGACUCCUAGCCCCAAAAUUAUAAAGACACCAGUGCUGAAAAAACCUGUAGCACUCAAACCUCCCCAGCAGGCCUCCAGCAUCCGCAAGAGGACAUUUAACACCAUGGAGGAUGGAACUGAGGAGGAAGUGGAGCAGAAGAAGGAGAAAACGAAACGGGGCAAAUUUGUGGUAGUGAAAGAGGAGAAGAAGGACUCAAAUGAAGUGGUGGUUGAGCUCACGGACAGUGCAGGGGAGGAGGAACUAGCAGAUCUGAAAAGAGCCCAAAAAGACAAAGGACUGCAUGUGGAGGUACGAGUGAACAAGGAAUGGUUCACAGGCCGUGUCACGGCUGUGGAGAUGGGCAAGCAUGCCAUACGCUGGAAGGUGAAAUUCGAUUACGUACCUACAGACACCACACCAAGAGAUCGCUGGGUAGAGAAGGGCAGUGAGGAUGUACGGUUGAUGAAGCCUCCCUCUCCAGAGCAUCAGAGUCCAGACACACAGCAGGAAGAAGAGGAGGUUGUAGCUGAGCCUUCUACCUCAGACUGUGCCCGAAUUGAGCCAGACACCACUGGUCCCAGCAGCAACCAGGAAACUGUGGAUUUGCUAGUCCAGACACUCCGGAAUUGUUUGCGGUACUUCUUACCUCCAAAUUUCCCCAUCUCCAAGAAGGAGCUGAGUUCCAUGAGUUCAGAAGAAUUGAUGGCUUUUCCUCUGAAAGAAUAUUUCAAACAGUAUGAGAUGGGUCUGCAGAACUUGUGCAAUUCCUAUCAGACUCGUGCUGAUGCCCGGGCCAAAGUCUGUGAGGAAAACCUCCGCAGCUCAGAGAGAAAACUUAAAGAGACAGAGGAAAAACUGCAGAAGCUGAGGACUAAUAUUGUGGCACUUCUGCAGAAAGUGCAGGAGGACAUCGAUAUUAAUACUGAUGAUGAGCUGGAUGCAUAUAUUGAGGACCUAAUCACCAAGGGAGACUGAGCAGUCCAGACCCAGCACUGGCAAGCAGCAUGGAGGAGUUGGUCACUGUGUUCUGAGAUGUGGAUUCCUGCGGAGGGGACCCGAGCAGUGCAUGAAAGGGGAGGGCCAUUAGACUGUGUAUUAUAUUGAUGUGUCGGUGUACAACCUGUUCUUGUGAUUUUACAUGCAAAAGACAUUGGUGCUGUUGGCAGGACAGUUUUUAACAUUGUAGUUCUUCAGAUCUCUUCCCUUUGUUUAUAAAUAUUUAUUUUUUAAAAGAAACAGGAGCUGUGCCUGGUAUGAUGGGAGGUCAGCUCUGUUGUAGGGUUUGGGCUUUUUUCAGUACGGUAAAAAUGCAAGAACCUUUUUCCUUUUGGGGUAUGCUGGAGAUCUAUGCCCAGUUCUUGGCACCAGAACAUCCUAUCCAGCAAGUUAUAGCUGAUGCCUCUUCAAAUAAAGAAGGGAAAAAUCUAGCACCAACUUAAUGGAAAAGCCUGCGCUGAGGCCUUGAGGGACUGAGCAGAAGCUGGAUUGGACUUGGACCUCAGGACGGUGGUAACUGGACCAAAGGAGGCUCAGAGCCAGGGCUUCUAACUACACCAGGGGAUCGGUGCACACAUUCUCCAUUGAGGGGGUGGGGUUUGAAGCUUAAGGAUGUUGUAGUUGAGCAUACAUGUGAGGUUUUCAAAGCCCUCAUUACACAGCCAUAGCAUCAAACAUGGGGAAUGGGGCUCUGUUAGCAGGGCCAGGAAGCUUAGACCCACUGAUGCUUUAAGGUGUGGGUGGAAGAGGCUCACAGUGAUGGGACUGAGCCUGCUGGGGUUCUGGUACCUUGUGAUUUUUUAGGGCAGGGAAGUGCGGGGGUUGAAGUGCAAGGUUCCUACCAGUUCUACAGCCCCCUAUUGCACGUUCGUCACCAGUGCUGCCAUUUUGAGAGAUGUGAGUUGCAAGAGGCAGAUGGACUCCCUGACCAGCUCAAAAUAAAACUGACCCUAUGUUCUAAGUACCACUCCCUCUGCUCUUUCUUGCUUUGCUCCACUUGGACUCUUCCAGUUGUUUUUAAAUAGAGCACUGGAAAUGGACCUGUUCCCCUUUUAGUCACUGGAUCGCACCCAGCCCCAGCUCAGCAGCAAGGAAGAGCUCUAGCCUCUCUAAUGUGGGGUUUGGAGGCUGUAUUAAAAGUGGUGAGGGAGUGGUUCUCAACCACAGGUCUAAUUUCCCCUAGGUGACCAUGUGAAGGUUUCAGGGGGUCUGCCAAGCGGGGCCACUGUUAGUCGCGCUGAAGCCUGGGACAGAAAGCUAUAGCCCCACGUUAUAGGGCUGAAGCCCUGAGUCCUGCCAGCUGGAGCUGGAGCUGAAGCCUUAGCAUCUUAGCUUCAUGGGGCCCAGGUGGGCCCUGGAGUUUUUAUAGCAUGUUCUCGUAGGGGCCUCAGGAAGGAAAAGGUUGAGAAGCCCUGUGCUACGGGCCACGGUCUGUCACAGAGGGGGCAUCCAGGCAUGCUGGUAGUGUGUUUGUGCAAUAGCCAUCAGUGCUUAGCAACAGGGCUCACUAAACCUCAUCACUCCCCUUCUCGUUGUGCCAAAACUGCUCUGAGAAAUGCAAAUAUUGUUAACAGAAAAAGCUCUCGGCAUAGGCACUAGCCUUCUAGCAAGAGUGACAUGCUCCAGGUGACUUCUUCCUGCAAGCAGAAACUCAAGAAGGGAGCUUGUGUUAUAACCCUCAGAUCACUGAGAAGUGUGUCCACUCCCAACACAUUCAGCUUCCCUUCCUCUCCUGCACCCUCACUCUACUCCAAAAACCUCAGGCACCCUGCCCAGCCUCCCAGCUGACGUGCAUGUCUGUCUCUGAACUGCUGCUGCUUCCAGGAGCAUUGUGGGCAAGACACCUUGCUGCAGCCUUGCCUCCCUUGGCCAGAAACCCUGCCUCUUCCUUAGCACCAUGUGGCCAGUAGACUCCUGACCCUUAGCCAUUCCCGAGAUGGUGUCCUCCUUGGUGGAGAGAUGCUACUUUGUGCCUCCCCUAGUUAACCAGAGGGCAGCUGGUUUCCAAAGGGUUCAGUUAAGUGCCCAGUCUCCAAAAGCUUGUUUGGCCUCAGUACGCACUGCUGCAGUACAAAUAAUUGGAGGGCCAUAACUUUCCUAACUACCAGUUACUUCCUGCCGAGCAAACUACUGUUCUAAUGGCCUCCUGUUGUGUAGCAAACAGGAGCAGGAUGUACUGCCCUGUUCGGACUCUCCCCUGCAAUGCCAGUAAUAAAGCCUACAGGCCCCUCAUCCAGCAGUUCCAACAGCUGGACAGUAGGAUGUCAGCAACAGAAACCUCCCCAGGGAAAGUACUCAGAGCCAGCAGAUAUUAACAAGGCCUGUAAAUAAUAUGAGGCUAACGCUGUGUCUCUGUGAAUCUGAGGGCUCCCUUGGGUUAGGGAAAGUUAAAGCUUUUGUUUGGUGGGGGGAGGAAUUGGACACACAACCAAACACAGGGUGGAUUGCUGAGGAAUGCACAGAGAAAUGUCCAAGAGAUCCAGAGCCCUCUGACCCCACAGCUGUUAGAAAUGUCCAAGCAAAUACUAGGAAAAAUGUUUUCCCCUGGUGUAGAGGAGGUUCUGCCAAACUGAUGGCGAGCCAGAAAGGGAACAAAAGAUCCAUCCAUAGGGUCGGCUACUCAAACCCCACUAAAACCUGAACCCUCACCAACCCCUUUCUGAAGAGUCCUAGAGUUAAACUCAUGUAAACUGAUGACCCAUGGUGAAAGGAAGAAGCAUCUGGGUGAUGCUUUGGUCUCCUGGGUCCAUAACCAUUGCUUUCACAGUUGGUGCCCUGGAUCCUCUGCCCUUUGGGUAGGUUAAAAACUAGCUCAGAGGUGAAAGCUGAGUGAAUGUGCUGCACACUGGCUAUCCGGGAAGCUCUGGAGUAGGGGGACUAGUGCUGCUACUGGCAAAGAUAGGGGAGCCUUCAAACCCUGACGGCUCCUAGAGAGCAGUCACUAGUGUGGGGCCUCUACUAGCCGUGGGGGUGCUCUAGACAAGUACUCACCCUGGACAUUCUGCACUAUGCCUGCGAGGGUGGGUGAGCUCCCUAGAGCAUCUCAGCUCCCUGCACUGUAACCUCCAGCCUCCCUUCUAUACAGGUUCUUAUACCGCCUUCAGCCUCCUAUCCCCGCGCCUUCCAGUUGUGCAUGGAGCAAUCUGACUGACAUCUGUCAGGUUUGCCCUCUCCCUGUCGCAUGGGGAACCCACACACACACACUCCUCUCUGGUCACUGUCCUCUCAGCUCCUGGGCAUACCAGUAAUGCACCUGAGCCACCUGGCUUACCGAGGACCUAACAUUACAGUAGGAUCUCAGAGUUAUGAACUGACUGGUCCACCACAUACUUCAUUUGGAAUCGGAAGUGCACAAUCAGGCAGCAGCAGAGCCAAAGAAAGCAACGACAGCACAGUAACGUGUUACCUGUAAAUUACCGAAAAAUAAAGGGAAAGUUAUAAACAGGAUUUGACAAGCUGAGGAAACUGCUUGUUUCAUUUAAAUUAAGAUGAUUAAAAGCAUUUUUCUUCUGCAU